AUGAUGGGAGGAUCCUCUCCUCAUCUGUCGGUUCUGGGUAACCUUCCCCCAAUUGACAGCGCAGAAUCGGCGCGCUGUGUCCGCGAGGACACCGCUGAACUUGCCCAUUACAUCCUCUCUGACAAGGACAGCAGAGGAUCCCCAUUCCUCCGGCGUCAACGGUCUGUCUCGUCACAGCCUACUCGUCAAAGGACGAUAUCUUCCACGCCUAACCUGGGUGAUAUGCAUGGACCUGUCGCAGCAGGCGCGUCAUCCCCCAUCGCUGAGUCUUCAGAGCCGCCGUCUCCUUGGGGCAGCUUCGUGGCAGAAGGGCGUCGUGCUUCUACUGCCGGUGCAGCAACUUCCUCCAACCCCUCCAUGCUCACCACCAUGUUCAAAAAGUCGCCUCCGCCACGUCCAGAUGUCAGGAGCUACUUCCCGGCACCUCCUCCUAGAGACGAUCAGGUGUUUGAGGAGAAUUUACCACCAACAGAUGACGACGAUGUACCCAGCGAGACGGGCAGCCAGGAGACAUUGACUCGUGUCUCUACCGUCGAGCAUCGUCCGCUUUUCGGCGACCGUGACGCUAGGGAAGCAGAGGAAGAGGCCGCGGGCGAGACGUCCCCACUGCUGGCGUUCCGGUCGAGAGAGAGUAGAGGGAGCAGCAGCUACGGAAGUGGUAAUGGUUUGGCGAAUGGACAUAAUGGGGCUGGUCUCAUCGAUCUGGAGGGCCAGAAGCAUGCCAGGCGGAGGGGCUGGUUUGGGAGGACUUGGGACUCGCUUGUAGAGACCAAAGAUCGGGUCAAGGAGGUUGUGCCGGUUGUUGUUAAUCCGAAGCGUUGGAACCGGUAUGCGAUGUGGGAGAGCAUUGUGGUUGCGCCGAUGGCGUGUUUACCUGCGGUUGUCGUCGGGCUGCUGCUUAAUAUUUUGGAUGCAUUGUCAUAUGGUAUGAUCUUGUUUCCCUUGGGCAGGCCGAUUUUUGCGAACUUGGGUUCUGUCGGCAUCUCUAUGUUCUACGUCAGCUGUAUCAUCUCUCAGUUAACCUUCUCGUUUGGAAGCAUAUUCAAGGGCGGCGUCGGCUCUGAGCUGAUCGAAGUCGUUCCUUUCUUCCACAACAUGGCUGCAACAAUUACCGACAUCGUCGGGGAAGACGAUCCUGAAGCAGUCAUCGCAACCACCAUAUCGUCCUACGCUCUGAGUUGCAUGCUCACCGGCGCUGUUUUCUUUCUCAUGGGCAAGUUCAAGGUCGGCUACCUCGUCGGCUUCAUCCCCCGGCACAUCCUGAUCGGCUGCAUCGGUGGCGUUGGCUACUUCCUGAUCGCCACGGGCUUUGAGGUGACUGCCCGACUUGAUGGAAAUCUCGAGUACAAUCUGGAGACGCUCAAGCGGCUGCUGCAAGCCAACACGGUACCGCUCUGGAUUAUCCCUCUUGUUCUGGCCGUGAUAUUGUUUUAUGGCCAGUCCAAGAUCACAUCCAAGUAUUUCCUGCCGUUGUAUAUUCUUGCCAUCCCGGCAGCAUUCUAUGCAGUUGCUGCUGCGAUGGAUGUGCUGGAUCCGGAAACGCUGCGCGACGGUGGUUGGGUGUUUCAGGGGCCACCGGCGGGAGAGCCAUGGUGGCAUUUCUACACUCUUUACAAGUUCCACAAGAUCCAUUGGGGCGCCAUCGUCCAUUGCAUCCCGGCCAUGUUCGCACUGACCUUCUUCGGCAUCUUGCACGUUCCCAUCAACGUUCCUGCCCUGGCUCUCAACACGGGAGAGGACCACGCCGAUCUCAACCAUGAGCUCAAGCUGCACGGCUACUCCAACUUAUUCUCUGGCAUGGCCGGUAGCAUCCAGAACUAUCUGGUUUACUCAAACAGCUUGUUCUUCAUGCGCUCCGGCGGAGACACCCGUCUUGCUGGGUUCGAGCUGGCGCUGUUCACCUUCCUGGUCAUGAUCAUGGGGCCCGGCAUGAUAGGGUACAUUCCGGUAAUGAUGGUCGGCGUCUUGAUAUUCGACCUGGGAUUCGAAUUGCUGCUCGAGGCCGUUUGGCAGCCGAGGAAGAAGCUGAAGACGGCUGAGUACUUGACGGUGAUUGUCAUCGUCCUUGUCAUGGGGACAUACGACUUCGUCGUCGGCAUCGGUGUGGGCAUUCUGCUCGCUUUUGUGUCGCUGAUCUUCCAGACCUCGAGGAUCUCUGCCGUCCGGGCCAGCUACUCUGGUGACGUGGUGGGUUCGACGGUGAGAAGGAACCCAACCCAGCAGCAUUACCUCCGGCAGGUCGGCCGACAGAUCAAUAUCCUCAAGCUAUCCGGUUACUUGUUCUUCGGUACCAUUGUUGGUGUCGAGGAUAAGAUCAGGGCCCUCAUCACCGAGGAAGCAUUCAAUAGACAUCCCAUCAAGUUCCUCAUUCUCGACCUCUGGCUGGUUACUGGCCUGGACUACUCCGCCGCCGAAGUAUUCAAUACCAUCAGUCGCUUGUGCAAUAGCAAAGAUAUCGAGCUAGUCAUCAGCGGCGUGGAUGCAGAGCGUGGCUUGGGGCGCAACCUACGCGCUGUCGGGCUCGGCGAAGAUGGCAUUGAAGUCAAACUGCUUCCCGACCUCAACUCAGCCCUAGAAUACUGCGAGAACGAACUCCUCAAGACCCUCUACGCCAAUCUUGACGACGACACGGCUAGCACCCGCUCCACUUCAACCGUCAUAAGUGGCGCCAACCAUCUCGACGUCCCCGACACACAACACUCCUCCGACACCAACAAUAAUAACACCAUGCUUGGCACUUCCCCCCGCCGCGUCCUCCUCCGCGAAGCAGCGCGCGCAUCCCUUCACCACAGCCUCGAAGCUAUCCAACACCAAUACUCCCGCUCCUCCCUGUCUAAGUGGCAGUCCUUCUCCGAGCCCCUCCGCCUCAUGCUCCAGAUCUUCCGCGACGUGAGCGACAAGAACGAGGACUUCUGGUUCCGCGCCGUUCCUUACUUCAAGCGGUACGAGCACAGCCCGGGAACGGUGCUCUUCCGUCGGGGGGAGCCCGCAGACGGGUUUUAUCUCGUUGAAGCCGGGAUUCUCAGGGCAGAGUAUGAUCUGCCGCAGGGGAUGUUGUUUGAGAGUAUUGUGGCAGGAACCACGACUCAAAAUAUGGAAAUUGAUGUUAUCAGCAUGUACGAGACUCAAUGGCUUUCUAUGCCGGUUUUGCCUUUUGAGGUUCAAGAUGCCUUCGGUAAAUGA